CAUUCAGCACAUAUACACCCUACCCCACAACGGGCGUAUUUUUAUCAAUCGAUUUGGAACUCUGCUUCAGUUCAACCUUACUUCGUUGCACAUCCUCAGAAGGAGACCCCGCACUAUCCUUCCAACAAACCGAGUCGUAAAAGGGCAAGGAUCUUUGGUUUUGUGCGCUAGUGUUGGUGGUGUAUAUGCGUGUCGGAUGCUGGAAUGCAUAAAAACACGCACAUUAAUCUCCCUGGAGACACAUAAGCAGCUGCAGCACACGUAAGAACUAACGGCAAACCGAACCAUCCAGCAACCAGAUGAGUUAAGGCUGCUGCUCCCGUGCUAACCAGCCAAAUCAAGGGCGGAAGAGGUGGUUGUGGAAUUUUACGCAACGAUUGCUACGCGCAAAACGAGUGUCCCAUCCUCUCCGAAAGAGUGAAACAUAAAAGAUCAAUUCAAUCAACUCCGAGGUCGGGAAGGUCCAUCGAACUGCUUUUUUUCUGGCUAGUUUGUGCAGUUAAUAAAAAGCAAGCAUGGUAGACAGUAUGUCGCAGGAUGUUGAGUCCUUUGAAAUGCUGAAAGCAUUAUACGACUUCACCGCCGUUUAUCCCAAGACGAUCAGCUUCGACGAGGGCGAGUACUUCAUACUGCAUCAGACGAGCGCUCGUCAGCGGAACUGGUGGCAGGUGGUCAGCAUGAAGGGCAACAUCGGAUUCGUCCCGUCGAACUACGUGAUGAAGCUGAAGGUGAAUCCACUCUUCCUAAAUGGUUUCCUGGAAUCGAGCAUAGAAUCGUUACGGCUUUCAACGGAGAAGGAAAUCAACGGUAUCAUCGGCCGGGAGGAACUGAUCAGUCGGUUGGUCGAGAAGAAGCGAAUGCUUGAAAAGCUGCUGAAGUAUGAACUGUCUGAUAGCGAAUCCGAACCGCCAUCACCGAUAAAAAUGAGUAAUGGACACAUCAAACAACACGAUGGUGGUUACAGUGGAGAUCGCAGUGCACAGCUAAAGAAUGGUCCACAGCGACAAUCACCUCCGGCACUGGCAGAUCAGCACCAAUCAACAGCAAAGAAGUCGAAGUCUAGCCCUGCCGUCGGUGGAGCUCAAGCGGCGGUUCCACCACAAUUUAUCCAGGAAAGUCCCAGCACAGGUCUGCUGGCGGCGACGAAACAUUCGCAGCCUGAAGAACCUCAGACACCGGUGGUGGUGAGUUCCACCAGCUCCACCCAGGAACCGAGCAGUACCCUUUCCGAACUGUCGUCCGUAUCGUCCGAGCAGACGGAACCGACGAGCAACAAUACUGCCACCACCGGUACGCUGACCGAGACGAGCGAUGAAAUAACGGCCAUCUCGCGCAUUGACGACCGUGCCCAACCGGGCGAGGAACCUUCCGCUUCCGGCACGGUGCCAACGGAGGCAGAAAAUCAAACCGAUCACGAGCUGAAUGAACUGGAAACGACCAAUAAUGAUGAUGUGACGGUGAGCGAAAAUGAACCGCAACCUUGCUCAGUGAAGGAACCGCAUGGAAUGGGUGAAGGUGAUGAGAAUGGUGGCGGAAAUGGAGCUGGUGAACUCCCGGUGGAGGAGGCGGUGACGGGUGGUAGAGACGAUGGAACUUUGGCAAGCGACACCGAGCGUGAGGCAGGUUCCGGUGCGGAGUGUGGAGAGAGCAGUGUCGCCACGGGCGAUGACGCCGAACCGGCGGAAGAUCUCGGCAAGCAGCCACCCGCGAAGGUGGACGCAUCGGAGGUGUACCAGAUUGUGGACGCGGUUCGGAAGAGCACGAACCUUAGCCACGAGUUGUCCUGCGUCGCACUGCGUGUCGUGCUGAGCGAGCUGGAGGUGUUGCUGCCACCGGCUGUCGUGCGACAUCUCGAACCAGUUGCGGUCCAUCUUGCUGCACCGUUCGAUGUGUCUGAUGCUCUCCUAGGCAAAACACACGACGCACAUCGGUUGCGGCUAAUCUUUGGCGAGCUGUCGGAUUGUAAGAAUGAUUCCGAGCAGCGCACGUGGAUGCUGCAUGAGGAUGAAGCCGACAUUAGCCAGUAUCUGACCGAGCUGAUCCGCAUCCUGACCGAUGCUGAUCCGAAGAUAUGUCGCAGCGAGAUGGCUUGUGAUCAGUACCAGAGCAUCAUCAACCUAGUGCUGUACUACCAGAUGGAAACACGCUGGUCCAUCAGGAAGUUGCUGCUGGCGGCAUUCCGGGCAAUGUGCCACUUGGACUACACAACGGUCGACAUACUGCUCGGUUCGGUUUUACCGCUCGAGCUCGUGCAGGAUAUGGUGUCAAAUCCGCGCAACAUCGAAAAGCUGCAAGAACUCGCCAACAUGCUUAUCAUCAUCUUUUCGAUCGGUCGCCGGAUGCCAAUUAAUCAACAAGAUCAUUUACGGGCGGAUUUUAUUAUCUUUUUGCUGAAUAUAAUCGAAACACCGCCGGAAACCGACGUCCAGGAAAUGCUACCAGACAUUAUGAUAAACUUGAUACUGUCCUUCAAUCUACAGUUUGAAAACUUUGCCGAAAACGUUGUGCUCGAAGCGAUGGAACAGCUUAAGACAGCGAAAACGUUCACCGAAAAGAUAUUACUGUUGAUCAAUCGUGAAGAGGAUCCAGUACACACUUUAAAGCACACGCCGAUGAACAUAAAUCCAGUGCUGAAGAUGCUUGUCGAUCUCUUUAGCCGACCUGAGACAGCCUCAAUUUUCUACACUAACGAUAACAAUGUGUUAAUUGAUAUUUUGGUACGGCAGCUGUCCGAUUUGUCUGCAGGCGAACCGAUUCGCAAGUGGUACCUGGAGCUGUGCAGAAAGAUCCUGCGCAACACCAACUAUCCGGAGCACCAGCACCGAAAACAGGACCUGAUGAAGAUCUUCACCCGCAUCUUCUGCGAAGAGACGGAGUGCAGUGCCAGCGAUCAGCAGAUCGUACGCGAAAUAGCGAACGAAUUUCCACAAAUCUUCAAAGCAUGAACUGACUGCACUGAAUGAGAAAGGAACUUCAAGAAUUGUUCUUGCAUUUUCACGGUUUUUUCGUUGUUGUUCUAAAUCGUGCAAUAAUAUGUUUUUCAUUAUUCGCGAUAUUAUUGUUAAACAAACAGUUUCAUAACUCCACAAAGCCGGACAAUUGCUUGAAGUUGAAGUUGACGGAGGACGAUUUAUAUGCGAAGUUAAGCCAAGAUUUUGAAAUUAAUCUUCCCUUCCUGUUAUGCUAGUCAAGUGAAGAACGCGUUCACCCACUAUUAUCGUCACUUCUUGAGGUUCUUCUUGAACUAGAACUUCUUGAGCCAAUGUUGGCAAUAUCUGUUGCGUUUUAGUAUACAAAGCAGCUUCACAAAUCACAAAGCUGUUUCAAAUACGUCGUUAAAAUCGUUAACGCUUUUCUAUUUUUCCUAUGCAUUUUAAGCAAAGAGCAGUUGUGUGUUCUAGCAGGAAAAACAUUUUGAAUGCCACUACGAUCGCGGAUGUGGUCUUACAUAAUAUGAAUGAACAAUUUAUUGCAAUAAUGUAACGUAUUUUAGCUAAGUAAUAUUAACGAUGGAUACAUUUUGUUAACCAAAUGUGGUGUGAAAAAGCAACCUUCCACAAACAGACACCCUGGUGUGCAGUUUGGGGGUAACAUUGCUAACGUUGUAUUUUAUGAUAGAAUCGAUUGUACACCAUCCAUCGCAGUCACAGUAAAAAUGUAGUGAUUUGCUUUUUAAAACUGCACAGAUAUUAACCGUUGUUAGGCUUUUUGUUUUGUUUAUAGAAAGUAUGCUUGACCGGGGGGAGGAAUCCCUUCGGCUAGUGUUGGAGCUUUACCAUGACUGUGUUGCUCUGUGCGUCAACGUCUCGAAAUAUGUGUGCGCAAAAAUCCGGUAACGGUAACAAACAAAGCACGAUACUACAAUUAAACGAUUUACUGAUACCGAUACAAAGUAUAUCAUAAGAUAUUCUCUCUAGCUCAUGCCGAUAUAUUGUUAACAUAAAUGUGUGCUACCGUGCGAGCUAAUUAUAAUACUACAAAAUUAGAAAUGAGCACGAACACUCAAGGGCAAACGCAGGAUCAGAAGGGUUUAUGUUGAUAGGCAUACAUAGGCAUUUUAUAAAACCAAUCUAGUGGUAAAUGUUCAAACAAACAAAUCGAUACAACAAAUGUGUAAAAUGUUUUGUUAAGAUUAACCUGUUUCAAGAGUCCACUGUAAGAUUGGUCAGAGUUUUCAGAUAAUUAUCAAUAUGGCAGGUUACGUUUAUAGUCAUUAGAAUAAUAAUCUUAUCCGCAAGGACGAACAAGAAGGUGAGAAAAAAAGGAACACAGUCUUUGGGGAAAAAGAUAACCACAAAACCUGUGUUUAGGUGGAGUCAUCUUCCGUGUGCAAGCCUUUGCAAGCGCUCUUUCUUGUAGGUUUUUUUUUACUUAUCAAGCGCAAACGGUUUGCACAACACGGUGUUAUUAAGUUUCGAUAUUUAACCUGUUGGCGAUUAUAGAAAGUAACGGGCCGGAAGAUUAUUUCACCUCCAUCCCAAUUGGAAGCAUUUUUGUUAUCGCUUAAAUAGCAAUGAAUAGCCAUUUUAAAAUUGUAUUGCUCUGUAUCGGAACACAUUUCAACCAGAUGGAUUUGGAAGAUUUAGUAGAGUUGAGCAUUCGAUGCGAUAAGAUCGAAUCGAAUUAUUUUAAUGUGAUUUGUUAAUUUCUACACCUAGUCAAGCGGGGAUCUCUCACCACAAGUUUUCCUUUUCUAUCUAUUAUUGUAUUUACUCUCAAUGUGCUAUAAAACACAUAGAAUAGAUUGUACUCCCGUCCUUUUACGAUUGUAGCAAGAGUAAAUCGUCUUGGGAGCGAAAUUUAUACAAAAAAAAAUCCAAAAUAGUCACACCUAAUAGAUACAGUGCCAAUGUAACUUAUAGAGACGUGUUAUAUUAUUAAUUUACUAUAGCUUUAUGUUAUUAUUCCAAAGACAUUAACCAAUCUCACAAUAUUCAAACGACGAUAUGCUGGCGAUGUUAUCCCAACCUUGGUAGAACUUACGCCUACCUAAUGUUCCGAUACAGAGCGUAACGAAGUAAACACACACAAAAAACAAGAUUGUGGUUAUGAACAACAGUUCAAGAAAAAUAUUCUAAAAUUUAAAACAACGUUGAAAUAUCGAAAAAAAAAAUGCUCCAAUACUAAUAAAUUGUUUGUUUCGUUCGUUAGCAUUAAAACAUUUGUUUAGUUUGAUCACCACUACGGCAACGACAAGUGCAUUUGAUCCACAAUUCCUCUCAAAACAAGAUGCCAAAUGAAAAACACAAAAAAAACUUGUUCCGUAGAAGAAAAAAAAACAAACAACAAAUACUCCAAGUAGUUGUGCGUGCAGUGUUCAAUAUUGGUUACGAUACGCAAAUACCAAAUGAAUCAACCAAACUUUGCAAAAUGAAUCCUACAAAUCGAAACACUUUUAAACGAAAGUUAAAGAACUGUU